AUGUCUGUAUCGGUGGACGACCCAAAAAAGCCGUUCGCUGAUCUCAGUAAUAAAUCCCGAAAAAUCAAACCGUCCAAAAAAACGAAAACUAGUGAACUAGAAGAGGGUAGUUCAGCAGAAGCUACACCGCCAAAUAAUAUGAUAAAUGAUUGUGUUGAAGUCCUGAAUGGAAGAAAUGUUGAAACACACAAAAAAAUAAUUGGCGAUGUGUUAAUGAAGAAGCUUUUGAGCAAGAUUCAUCAUAGCGGAAGUGCUUUUUCGAUCGAUAAGAUAAGUGAAGAUCUCAAAGAAAUUCUGAAACAGUUCCACCCCGAUGAGCGAAUUUCUUUCGAAAACAAUGAAACUGUGAACGACGGUACCAUUGUUAGUGUUGAACGUAAAGGUGGUGCCAAGUUUUACGUUGUUAAUCAAAAUGGGAAGAACUUGCCCAACAAAAUAAACGGGCUCGAUAUCAAGCGAAAAUUCGAUCCGGACGAUGAUGAACUCAAAGAUUUCAUCAAAAUAGUUUCUACGAAAAUUCCGGGAAAACCUUGGGAAGUUAACGAAGAUCUGCGUUCUGAGUAUGACAUCGUCAACAAACUUGCUUCCUUGUUCUGUACUACUCCAAAAUCUAAAAAUGCCCAAAUUAAAGCGGCGUCAUCGAGCGAGUCAUCCGAUGAGGAGGAGCCAGUACAACAGAUUAGGCGUAGUGGAGCAGGACUCCCUCCUACCUCAAAUCGCAAGAUCGUUGAGAAAAAAGCUAUGAAGCUAAUGAAAGAAAAGCUGAAGGAAGAUGAUAAGAAAAGAAAACAAUCUGAGAUUGAAGCGGUGAAGCUUGCGAAGAAAAAAGAGUUGCAAGAAAAAAAGGACCAGAUCAAAAAGGAGAAGCAAGAACAGAAAGAGCAGGAAAAAGAAACGAAGAAGUUAGAGAAGGAGAAGAAGGAAAACGAGAAAAACGUGAAGAAGAAUUCUGAAAAGAAACCUAUCACUAUCAAAGAUGCUUUUGCUAUGAAGUCCUCAUCCACUCCUACUACCACUGAAGGAUCACCGCCCAAAGCUAGGGAAAAACGAUUGCAACUUCAUGUUGGCAAGCUCAAAGCUGCCUGGGACAUUAAAAACAUAAAGGAGUUCAAUGAAGCUUGUACUCGCGCUGCAAACAAUCUCAGUUUAAGUAUGAUUGAAAAGAUCGAAGAUCCACUGAUCAAAUUCUCUGUGACUAAGCAGUAUGAUGUUAAAAAGGAUAAUGAAAGCAUGAAGGGUAUGAGUAAAGAUAACAAGAGGCUUUACAAAGAGAAAGUGAAGGAAAAUCGCAAAGCCUUGUAUAAUGAGAUGGAACCGAAAGUUAAAAACCACUUCAAAUUGGAUCAGUACGAGUUCAUCGAGGAUCUCACUGUGAAUACCACAUCUUUACCGAUAAUUGGUAGAGAGAUAGUUCUUCCAAAAGAAAAAUUGAUGCACUUCCCUGAUUGCUUGAUGUUGUCUCAAUUUGUGACUAGUAUGAAAAGGUUUUUCGAAGCUGAUAUUAGGCAUACUGCAGAAGAAUUGCUGGAUGCGAUAUUCGAUGGAGAAAAAGGUUACCUCAAGGUUUCUUGUAGUGUGCUGAAAGCAUUCUUAAGUACGCUGGUCAAUGUAGAAGAGUAUAUGAAAAUUGCUCAUAUGAACAGCCGUUUACGUGAUUUAGUUUUCGAUGAAGGUACUCUUUCUGAAAUUUGUCGAGCUUUCAUGGUAGGAGAUGAAUCUAUCAGCACGAGGAUUGAUAGAAGCGAAGAGAACAAAGCCAGACUUGCUGAAAAGAGAAAAGCAUUAGGUUUAGAACUUGAUGGAAGUGAGACAGGAUCGAAGGGAGAAGAUUUGGAAGAAGCGGGAGAUGAAGAAGAAGAGGAGGUUGAUGAUCCUGACGAUGAAGGAAGAAGUACUCCUGGGUCGCAGUUAGAAAAAUCUCAAAUUGAAGCUGAGGAGGUUGAACUACUUUUGCAAUCUUUCAAGCCGUCUUCAAACUUCUGGGAGUUGACUCCUGUUAUUCAAAUAGAUGUUAUGAAGUAUUUAAUGUUCAAGAUUUUGGAUACGCAAUCCUAUAGGGACUUUGUUAAUGAGAGAUCCACAGAGUAUGUGAACAGUUUGAAGAAGAAAGUUCAAACUCUUAAAGAUCAGAUUGAAGAACAACGAGUCUUAGUUAAAGCAUUACCUGUAUAUGAAGAAGAAGCAGAUAUGUCUAUGCUAAGUCGAAUUCAGAGCAAAGAAAGAGCGGAGACGAUCAGGAAGAAGAAAGACUAUGAAAGAAGAAUAUCUGAUAUGCUGGUUAAAGUAGCUGAUUUGACUGAAACGCUUGCGCCUCAUGCUUAUAUGAGUCACACAUGUCGUGGCUUUGUUCCGGUCGGUUAUGAUCGUAAUCGUCGUGCCUAUUAUUUAUUCUACACAAAAACAAGAGAUCGAGGACUGUGGGUUCAGGAUUUCCAUGAGCAAAAGUAUAACGGCCUAAGUGGUCUGGAUAUAGUUAAAGAGGAAAAUCAAACAGAGAGCGAGUCUGUGGAUAGAGAGAAAUGGUAUCAUAUUGACAAGGAAGAAGAUAUUUUAGUGUUGGCAAGUUCUUUGAAUAAAGUUGGUUCCCGUGAAAGAAGAUUAGAAAAGUUCCUUUCGAACAACAAAAGCCUGUUGGAGAAAUGUUACAAACUCCACGAAGCUACAAGCGAAUCGCCCACCAAUGAAGAGAAAACUGAAGAUUUCAACGCUCUUCUGAAGACCGAUAUUCUCCAAGUGAGCAAAGACUUAUGUGAAAGCUACUUGAGCGAUUUGGAUGCUGUUGCUUACGAAGCUAAAGUUGUUUCGGCUGAUACUCUGGAUGAUCUUAAAACUGUUAUGAUAGCUCUAAUUGAUUCCAUACCAGUUAAUGCUAUACAAACCGACAUUGGUAGAGAAGAAGGAUUCUUCACUUGUUUCAAAGUUCAGCGAUGGAAACGGAGGUUGUCUGAAGCCCAUAAUAUAUCAGCCUUGCUUCUUUUACUGAGAAUUCUGGAUACUAGAAUCGAUUGGAAGAAAGGAACAACUGAGAAGUCCUGCACGAUCUGUGGUAGUAAGAGAUCCCCCGAUGCGAAAAUCGCCUGCUUAGAUUGCGGCAAAGUGUUUCAUUACUAUUGCACAAGACCAAAACUUCAAGAGAAGCCUUUAAAAUACACAUGUGCUGGAUGUAAACCCAGAACUCCUGUGAAAAAUACGAACUAUACGGAAGCUACUACGUCCGAAGAAGAAGAAGAAGAAGAAGACGAAGACGAAGAUGAUGAAAAUGAAGAAACUUCUAAUCGAGAUGAGCACGAGGAAUAUGAAGAUGAUGAUGAUGAUUACUACAGCUCGAGGAACCGAACUAGGGCUGCUAAGCGAAAGGCUUCUAUUAACAGUUUGAAUAAUAGUAAACGUUCUAGGAACUCCCCCCCACGUAGACUUCGAACUUCAUUGCGUAACCAAUGA